AUGGCAAAGAUGGCUGCUUCGGUAGUAGAACAUGGACAGGAUGCUUUUAAGAAUUUGUUUAAAUAUUACAAACGUAGAAAUCCGCCGCCAGAUUUCAGCAACGUCAUAGACUUUUCUAAAGGUGUGAGCACUGACAAGGUUUACCCUGCCAAACUAAACUUUGCUGCAUUCAGUGAAAGGGAUGCGCGGAUGGUGGGACUUCGGCCAGUCCAAGCCUGGAGGGCCUUUGGUCUUGAAGGUUAUCCAGGUUUCAUCUUCAUCUCAAACCCAUUUCUUCCUGACUCACAGCAGUACUGGGUGAAGCAGUGCCUUAAGGUCUACCCACAAAAACCCAACGUGUGCAACCUGGACAUGCACAUGCCUGCUGCAGAGACAGCAGACAUCUGGGAGAGGAGUGCAGAGCUGAUAAGGAAGAAAAAUGGUGGAAAAUCUGAGCCCAGAACACUACUGGAGAGGCUCAGGUGGGUGACACUGGGCUACCACUACAACUGGGACACUAAGACCUACUCAGCAGAGCACCAUAGCUCCUUCCCUGCAGACCUCAGCCGCAUGUCCCAGCAUGUGGCUGCAGCCUGUGGGUUCCCAGCAUUCAGUGCAGAGGCAGGGAUCCUCAAUUAUUACCGCUCUGAUUCUUCCCUUGGGAUCCAUGUGGACGAGUCCGAGCUGGACCACACCAUGCCACUUCUGUCUUUUAGUUUUGGACAGUCUGCUGUCUUCCUCCUGGGAGGAGCCAAAAGGGAAGACCCUGCCACCGCAAUGUUUACGCACAGCGGUGACAUCAUGGUGAUGUCUGGUGCCAGCCGUCUACUUUAUCACGCCGUGCCUCGCAUCCUAGCCCCACCCACUGUUGCCCCCACUUCGCCAGGCCUUUUCAAGCAGUCUCACAGACUGCAGCAAGACAUCUCAGAGGAUUCGCUGGUCCACAACAUAGAAGAGGGAGACUGGGAGGUGUGUGAGCAUUAUCUCCGAACAUCCAGGCUCAAUGUAACUGUCAGGCAAGUGCUGGGACCUGGCCAGGCUUUUCCUUCACAGACUCUAAACAAGGUGACCUUGUCUUCAUCCAGAGGGUCCUACCAUCAGGAUGAGAGCACAGAGGAUGUAAACAUAAAAACCAAAAAAAUGAGGAAUAACACUGAUUGUUCUACUGAGUCAUAAUAUUUUCACUAUGAAACUCUCUC